GUCAGUGCCUCGGCUCGCAUCGGGAAGCUCCGCGCAGGUCGGUGAGGUGCGGGUUGUUACGGGGAGGACGCGCCGCGGUGCGGGUUCCUUGCGGACGUUUGGGUUUUCCGGGCGCAGUAAUGCGGUGUCACCCGCGGUUCCCAGGCGGGGAGCCCAGCCCUGCCCCGGGCGCGAGUGACCCUCCGUGAUUUGGGGCGUAAAAGCACGGACUCCUUCCCGCAGCGAUCGGCAACCCCAGCGAGAUGCUGAGCGCUAUGCCCGCAGCCCGGGGCCGCGGUAACCUUGCGGGCAGCCCCAGGAGCCCCGCGAGAGGCUCACUGCAUUGUCUGCACCCGCGCUGUGCUGCGCAGGGCUCGGGCACGGCUGCAGCUUUGUGUCGGGAGGGCCGGGCGUGCGGUGCUCGUGGGUUUGGGCUCGGCGGCGCUGCGCAGGGCUCUGCAGGAGACGUUGGUCGGGUUCGGGGCUGGUUCCCGGAUUGCCUUUGUGUUUGCUUGUGAUGAUCCCCAAAGCAAAACGUGCUCUGCGCCAAGAAAACUCUCAUACCUAUAGCUGGCUGCAUUUGGGGUUUCUUGCUAAGGUACUUCUGAGGGCUCUGCGGGUGUAUUCUUUCCAGUCUCGAUGCGCGCAGCCGUGCUUCACCCCAACAGGCUUUAAACCCCUCGUGGGUUGUUGUCCUUUCCUUGAUGCAGGUAAAGGGCUGGGGGGGACCUGGAGCUAGCAUCACAAGGUGGCCAAGCCCUGGAGGAGCGCUCACUGUGUGGAGAUACGGCAGGCACCAUAUUUGUGUGCUGGGUGGUUUUGCUGGGGCCGGGCACCUCGCCAAGGAAGCCACCGAGGUGCUGUGUUUGGAGAGGUCGCUGCCUAAAAUCCAACACGGUACAGUUAUUAUGGUCAGAACCCCCCAGAGCACAGGGUACAGCUCCUCAGAGCAUGCAUCCUGCAGGGGUUUGGCCCUGCAACCGCCUCCCAAAAAACGCUCCUGAAGGAGGCUGCGGCUCUGUGGGGUUCUGGAAAUGGCUUCUCGCAGCACCCACUCUAUCCCUACCCCUUCCCCUGCUCCAGCUGCAUUAAUCUACAUAAUCAAGAUAAGGUAUGUUAAAGGUGCCUUCCCCUUCUGUUGGGCUCUGCUGCCCUUAGGUGCGCCUGCUCACAGGGAUCAGAGGUUGGUCCUUGCUAUGCGGUGUGAUUGGAGCUGUGAUCUGCAGCCUUGGAUGCAAUCAGGUGCAGAGCGCGUUCACGGCAUCUGGGAUGGGAGCAGGAAAAGGAGGGGUGUUCCAUGCUUGACAGCCUUGAUUUAUGGUCUGAGCUUGUAGGACACUGCCGUCAUCCCGAAACAGCCACAGCAAAGCAAAUCUGCUGGGGAGCGUGGUGAUAAAGAAAAGGAGCAUGCAGGUGCUGGCUCCUGGGAGGGAGGACAGCAGGAAGGCUGAGCUGGGACAUGUAGGUGGUUCUGCCUUUUGCUAUGGGUUCCAUGGCGGGGUUAAGGAGGUCUGCAGGACCCCCAGGGCUGAGGGGUUCCUGCUCUCACCCCACUCUUCUCCACGCUGCUCUGCAGAGGGGCUCCACAGCCCUGCGAUGCCGUCAUCCCAGGGGGAGCACUUGUGAGUUCUCCUCUGCAUCUUGAUGCCCUCUGGGUUUUAAAACCUGUUUUUCAAGCUUUCAAUUUCUCCUCUGCAGGUACACCUGUCCUGCCUGGUGCAGGGUGGGAAAGGAGGCACCUGAUGCGAUUACAUGCAGGCGUGGGGAAGGGAGGCGAGUGGGCUGGGAUCACUCAUCAGAUAAGGGGCUAAAUGACUGCUCGCAAUUUUCUCAAGCUUGCUUGCUUGCAGAAACCUGCGCAUGCGUUGCAAGCGAGCUUAGAGCACAGCAAGGGAGUGCAAAGACUGCAAAAAUGGUGUCAGAGGCUGUCCUUAAAGUCAGGCAGAGCUCACGGUGCCGUGGUAGGAUGUGUGCUGUGCCUGGCUGCGAGCUGCUGGCUUUGCCUUCUCUUCUGAUCGAGGUGGGACAGAAUGUGGCACGUGGCUGUGUCACAUCCCUUGGGAAUGAUGCUCAGUGCCCUGCUGAGGGACAUGUGGCACUUAGGGAUGUGGCUCGGUGGGCACGGUGGUGAUGGCUCAAUGGCUGAAUUUGAUGAUCUCAGAUUAUUUUUUCUAACCUUAAUGAUUUUAUGGUUCUAUGAAUUAUGCUCUUGUAGCAAGUGAGCACCUCGGUGACUCCAUCUCCUCUUUAUCAAUGAAGUCAUGGAAAAGCAAACAAGCUCUUAUCUCUUCCAAGAACUGAUUGUAGGCUUCCUACCCUAACCCUUGGGUCGGUGCCAUCCGUGAGGCUCCUUUUGUUCUCAAACCUCUCUGCUUUGAGCAGGAAGAGGAGAAGCCCCUACUGUAGGGUAAAGCAGAGCUGUACCGGGGCCUUGCCACUAUUGAUUUUGCUGUUUUGAUAUUGCUAUUCGAUUCAUCCUCUGAGAGCCUUCUAGACCCUACAAGACCAGGGAACCUGGGCAGGUGUGCAGCAGGUGGUCCUUUGCUUUGCAUACAGCUUCUGUGUGUUAGAGUGCUGCUCAGGACCUCCUGUUUUCCAAAGUAAUGUGUGGUGCCUGGAGAGGUAUCUGAUGCUCCUGAAGAUAGGUGCAACUGGGACUGGGGGAGAUUCCAGACUGCACUGUACAAAGGUGAAAUAAGCAAUGCCCUUUGCGCUGGGGUUGGAAACCCUUCCUUAAUUCCAUCUUUUCUCCCCAUUCUUCUUACGUGUAUUUCCUUGUUUGCUGUGCAUGGAAAGUCCAACCCAACGCCUGUGCAUGACUCGUCUGCCUUUGUUGCACCUUAUUCUUUUUUAAUCAAACCUUCAGGUUUCUUGGGGCAAAGCCCUUGUGUUCAGGCUUUCCUCUGGACAGUCUUGGGAUGCACUCUUGCAAUUGGCAGAGGGCUGAGUUCUGGGGAGCCUCGUUUCUGAGCCUGCUGACAACUGGGAAUGGUUCUUUUGGUGACCAGGACAAGGCGACCUGACCUGGUGUUGGAAUUGGCCCUGCGUUGGGAGAGUGGUUGGCCGGCAUGUAGGUAUCAUGGGAAAUUAGUCUGCAGGUCCUGGAAACCCUUUCUUCAGGAGACAAAAACGGCACCCAGCAGGUUCAGCACCAUGAGUAGGCAGCCUGGGCGCUAGCAGUGUGAGGAGCCCAGCACGGUGCUGCUCCACUCACACCUUGCCUCACUGCUCGUCCCUGUGGAGAGACGGGUGCUGGCAGCCCACCCUGCCCUUCCGCCCCGCUCGCCCUAGAGCGGACGGGCCCGUUAUGGCCGGAGACAGACUCCCACGCAAAGUGAUGGAUCCGAAGAAGCUGGCCAGCCUCCUGCGGAAUGGAGCGGAGGGCACCCUGGUCAUCGAUAGCCGCUCCUUCGUGGAGUACAACUCCUGGCACGUCCUCAGCUCUGUCAACAUCUGCUGCUCUAAGCUGGUCAAGAGGCGGCUCCAGCAGGACAAGGUCUCCAUCACAGAGCUCAUCCAGCCCACCUCCAAGAUGAAGGUGGAGGCAGAGGAGCACCAGGAUGUGGUGGUCUAUGACCAGAGCACACGGGAUGUGACCGGCUUGGCUGCUGACAGCUUCCUCUCCAUCCUCCUGGGCAAGCUGGACAGCUGUUUCCACAGUGUCUCCAUCCUCACAGGAGGCUUUGCCACCUUCUCAUCCUGUUUCCCGGGGCUCUGUGAGGGGAAGCCAGCUGCCAUCCUGCCGAUGAGCAUCUCCCAGCCCUGCUUGCCUGUGGCCAACGUUGGCCCCACACGCAUCCUGCCGCAUCUCUACCUGGGCUCCCAGAAGGAUGUCCUGAACAAGGACUUGAUGACGCAGAAUGGGAUAAGCUACGUCCUCAACGCCAGCAACUCCUGUCCCAAGCCAGACUUCAUCUGUGAUAGUCACUUCAUGCGCAUUCCUGUCAAUGACAACUACUGUGAGAAGCUGCUUCCCUGGUUGGAUAAAUCCAUUGAAUUUAUUGACAAGGCCAAGGUGUCCAGCUGCCAAGUGAUCGUGCACUGCUUGGCGGGGAUAUCCCGGUCAGCCACCAUCGCCAUCGCCUACAUCAUGAAGACCAUGGGUAUGUCAUCCGACGAUGCUUACAGGUUUGUUAAGGACCGCCGCCCAUCGAUCUCACCCAACUUCAACUUCCUGGGCCAGCUCUUGGAGUAUGAGAGGAGCCUAAAGCUCCUUAAGGCCCUGAAAGCCCAGGGCGACCGGGGUGAGGGAGAAGCUCCUCAGGACCCAACUGAGGCGUCCGAGGCUGGCAGGCAGCCCACACCGUCUACCUCAGAGAAGGUUGAGGACGUACCGAGAAGCACAACCUCUGCACCCCCACCCAGUGACCCUGAAAGGCAAGGUGGGCCACCCAAAGUCUUGUCACCCACGGCACUGCAGCAGGGACUCAAUGGCUUGCACCUUUCCUCGGAGCGCAUCCAGGACACCAACCGCUUGAAACGCUCCUUCUCCCUGGACAUCAAAUCCGCCUACUCCCCUGGCCUGCGGCAGGACCCCCCAGGCCUACCCAGCACUGGGGAGGCCCCCAAGCUCUGCAAGUUGGACAGCCCCUCAGCGCCCAGCGGCCAGUUUUCCCCAGUGCCCGACAGCCCCGACCGGCCCAGUGGUCCCGAGCUCCUGCUGGAGGCCAAGGUGAGGCAGCGACGCAAGCAUCGGCACCAAGCUGGCUCACCGGCCCACGGCCUCAGCCUCAACAUCGGCUCUGCCCGUAAGAGCCCCGGGGCGGAGGACAGCCUCCAGCCAAGGCUCAGCCUGCCUGGCCCACCACAGGCCUCCAAUGGCUCCUGGGGGAGCGUCCACCUCGAGUCCCCCAGCACCCCAUCCUCUGAAGGAGGAUGGUACUUUGGCACGGACUCAGCCAGUAGCGGUGGCGGUGGCACCGGCGGUGGGACGCUGUUCAGCGGCACCAGCCCAUACCCCCCAUUUGGUUGCAAUGGGAUGCCAGGGGGCUGCGAGAUCAGACUGAGGGACAAGCAGCGGGCCGAGGCACGGGAUGGGAGGCACAGCUGGCACGAGGAGGCUGGCGCCGAGAAGCAGUUCAAGAGGAGGAGCUGCCAGAUGGAGUUCGAGGAGACCAUGUCUGAGGGCAGGUCCCGGGAGGAGCUGGGCAAAAUAGGCAAACAGUCGAGCUUUUCGGGCAGCAUGGAGAUCAUCGAGGUGUCCUGACACCCAUCGUGGGUGGUUAGAGAGAAAAGGGUGGGGGGAUAUUUAAGAUGGGGAGAGAUGCAGGGAGGGCGGGUGGGGAGUAUUUAUACCCGCGUGCGCAUUUUCGGGAGCACGCACAUCGAAAUGAAAGCAAAGAGGAAUGAAUCCAGAGUCAGGAAACAUCACGGUGAAUGCUUAGUGUCCCUCCCUGUGCCCACCCUGGUUCUCCCACCCUAGCAGCCUCCAGCUCUCGGUGACAUCACCCUGGGCUUUUGCACAUGGAGCAGUGAUGGGAGAGCAGCCCUCAGAGCCCCGUACUCGAAUCUGGGGUGUAAAAUUUGAAAGGGAAGGGGCAGGAAUUACCAUUUGGGGUUGAGAGGGUGAGCAGAGCCUGCUCCUGGCUGGAGCGGGACGUGGUCCCAUGAGGACAGAGCACAGCAUCACUCUGUCAAGGUGGGGAAGAGGCAACCCAGCUACCCCUCCCCACGCCCCAGCGCACUAAGCAUGUGCCCCCGUGUUUCUCUGGCUGAGUAUCCUAAAGAUGCUGCACUAGAGCAGCCCUAUACAUAUAUAAAUAUAUAUUAUAUAUAAUAUAAAGAAAACACACACACACACACAAAGGAAAAAAAGGUAAAUGGUUUUACUGCGAUUUUUAUUGAGACGUAAAUAAUAUUUCGAUUUCUUUUUUGUUUUGUUUUUAAUUUAUUGAAGCUGUUUCAUUCUGGCAAUGAUUUGCAGACAAUGUGGGGCGGUACUUUCAGCUCUAUUUUUACUGUGUAUGGUAUUUAAAUCUGAAAUACGAGUUUCUAAGCAAUAUCUGAGGCCUGUGGCUCCUUCUAUAGAUCAUGUCGACGACAAAGAUUUUCCCCCAUUCCCUCUGAGCACAGCAAAAAGGGGACAGAAAACUCUUUGGAGCACUUUUUCUAGAAACAAACAAGUGAACAAGGAAGUCAUAAAAUCUUAAAACACAAACUGAGCCAGAAAACUCCCUUUCUGGAAGCUGCUGCCACUUCUUCGCUCCCUUGGUCCCUGUUUUCUUCCCCUACCCCAUCUCAGCCAUCAUUCCCAUCCUGGUCAUCAUCCCCUUCCCUCCCCUGUGCUGCCCUUUCUGGCUGGAGACAGAGAGGAGCGAGUCACUGAGAUGGAGGGAAGGGCACUGGGCAUCCCCAGGAAUACGCAUGGAAGGAGAAGGCAUCCAAUGCCACUGCAGCAUUGGGAGGGGAGGUUGGUGGUGGUUGGGAUUUCAUCUAAGGGGUGCCUUGCCUGUCCUCCCCAGCCCCAAAACUCCUGGGCUGAGUUUUUCUAGGGAAACGUGUUUGCAGGUCCCUCCUUGCUUCCCGGCUGCCCUCACCAGUGGGGAGCCAAGACCUUGCAAGCCAAUGCCCAACUCCAGGCUCGCUGAAAAGCUGCUUUCUGGAGCUGUAGGCACUGAGCUGCCUCUGCUGCAAAGCACAUCUCUCCCUGUGGCUGUCUUUGCUUUCUCCCUCAUCUUGCGCUAGCUUGCAAAGCUGAUACCUCAGGGGUCUCCGUUCGUGCGUGUCUGUGUCCUGUGUCAUCCUUUGAGCGUUCUUCGUUUCUGGAUCCACUCUUUUUUUUUUUUCUCCCUUACCUUUGUACCUCCUUUUGUUGUUCUUUUCUAUCUCUAAAUCAACUUACACAUGACAAAAAUAAACGAUCUCAGGUUAAACAGUGAACACAGCCCAGAGGCAUGAGGAGCUGUGAUAGAGCAAGGAGGAGCAGCUUGCCGCUCCCUGACCUCCUCUGCCUCCAUCUGGGUGCCUGAAGCUGAGACAAGCCUGCCUAGAGGCUCAUUUCUGUCUUCAACAUGGCUUUAUUCUUGCUGUUUUACAAUGAGGCCAUGCUGGGGAGGUCCCACAUGCUCUCACUUGGUGCCCCAAGGUCCCCUGGGAGCGCACCACCAUCCAUUACUGCCUUCAUCAAGCUGCUCAAGCCAGCUCAGUCAUGCUGACCUGAACCUUGGAGUAGGUAGAAAGAGCGUUCCAUCUCCUGGCCUUGCAGCUGCAAGCCAACCCUACGGUCUGAGAAGAUGGUGAUGCUAGUAAAGCUGUGCCAGGGCUUUUCAGCCUUUGCCUCCUCAGCUUUCAGCCACUUACACCCCUUUAGUUACUGCCUGCUCCACCAACCUCAUUUAAUGACAACCUCAUUUACAAUCUACUCUUUCUGCCUGUCAUUUUUGUUGUGCAUUCAUUGAAACUUGAGAAAUGUCCCCCUCCCGGCCACAAAAGGAAGAUGAAAUCAUUCUCUACCCAUCACCUCCAUCUCAGAAGCUAAGCAGCUCUUCGGGAGUUGCAUUCACUGUAGAGUCUCCCUGCUGGGCAUUAAUUUACAGAAAGAGGAUGACAGGUUGGCAUGGCGAGGCAGUAGCAAGCGUUCACAUAACUCAUCCCAUUAGCUGGCAUGGUGUGUUACAAACGUACAUAAAAAGCAGCUGGAGUAUGCCAGGAAGGAAAGGGUGAGUGUUGUGGAUAAGACUCUGAAUGUCUGCAGAGGCGGAUGCGUGGUUUGCAUUUUGUCAUCUCUCUACCAUGCCCUGGAAUGCUCCUCAGCCGUGCGCGAGGCUUUAGGCACUAUGGGUUCCUCUCUUCUCUGAAACCAGAGCAAAAAGAAACCUUUUAAGAUUCGUAGAUAGAUCAUAGCUGCCAAGAGACACUCAUCACCCACCUCUGCAGUCUUCUUCCAAAGUCCUUCAUGUUCAUCCUUCCCCUUUACGUUGGGUGUGUGCACUAGAAGCCCUCUUGUGCAAUGUUUUAAGGCGACAUCCAGAAAAUACCUUGUGUUGCAGCAGCCCUGCCUGAGCUGGGGCUAACCGCCAGUGCUAAACCUGAGCCAGGAGGGUCACCAGGAGGCUUGCAAUUAACGUCAGUGAUUUUUCCAAUCUGCCUGAUGGACAACUUUGUCCACGAAUCAAAGAGUUGUCGUGAGGGUGGAUGUGUUGGCUAGCAGUCCACCCCAUCAUCUUCUGACCAAGCCGUUUUAUGGGCUCUUGCAACCAGACUACUCAAUCCAAGUUUCACUGGGACCCAAAUGGUGUCCACCCUCAUCUGAUGAGCGUCGAUUUCCUUGUAGUGGCAGAAGUGAGCAGAGGAGAGGAAGGGUCUCUCCUUCUGAGGGAGGAACCAUCAAAGCUAGUUAGGCACUGCAGCUGCCACAUGCCCUGUGGUCCAGGACACCCCACCACGUCCACACCAGCGUCGUCCCUGAUGCAGUGGUGGUGGUGUUGGGGCUUUUGACCAUAUGAAGGAUGGACCAAACCACAGCUUUCCUUCUGGCUAGAAGGAACAUCACUCCAGCCCCCUGACUGCCUCCAGGCACGAACCCCUCAGCUGGAUCCUUCCCAUCCACAUUUUGGGGGCUGAGCAAACCUGGAGGGAGGGCAGUAAUCAGGUUGGCAACACCGAGCCAGAGGCUUGGGUCGGAGCAGGCUCGUCCCCAGCCUCUGUGGCAGCGUCCCCAGCCACUGCUGCCUUCCCAACCCUUCUCUUUGUUUCUUUGGACGUUUGUCCCUGUUUCGUCUGCCCCUUAGGAGACUGUGCCCCACAGAACCCCCUCCCGCUGUCCCGUUCCCCCUACCAUUCUUAAUACUAAUGAUAAUAAGCUAUCAGUGUUGUCAUUGCAAUCUAUGAACGAUAGAUUUAAGUAUUUAUGAUUAUUAUUAUGAUUAUUAUGGUUAUGAUUAUGUACUUUUUUGCUUCUUACUCUUUGUAUGUUGCUCCUUGUUUCUCUGUUGUGAAUAAACACAAGGCCCCAUCACACCUUCUCUCUGCUCCCAUGCCAGAGGAGGCAAACACAGCCCCAACAGACCCUAGUCUGAAGGUUUGGAGGGUGGUGCUUUCCAAGGACAUAAAGAAACCAAACCUGGGGCAGAUCCGUUCUCUUAACUCUUCCCUUCCUUCCUGCAGCUCCUCUCCCCCAUACUGCCAUCUGUUUGCAAGAGGCAGGAACCCACCAGCACCAGGAAUGGAGAAUUAAAUGGCAAAGCAUGAAGCAUAAAGUGUUAGCCACAAUGAGUGUUGGUUGGGCAUCCUGCUCACAGAGGCAGCUCCCUCCAGGUCGUGGCCCCCUGACCUUCUGCUAGCUGCACCUUGAGGCUGCAGCACCACCCAGAUGGGCUUGGGUUCUACUGCUGCCUCUGGUUUACCAGUCCCCCGCUCACCCCACUCAGCCGAGCCCACUCACUGGUGUUCCAUCCCAGAAAGGUGUCACGGGCUCUCCUGGUGUCAGUAUCCUCAUGGUGCCAGUGCCUCUGUCUGUCUGAGGCUGAUAAAGCACGAUGCCGUUAAGCAGGCAGAGCUCUGACCUUGUUUUAUGUACCCAUCACCUAGGCUGUUUACACAGCCCAGAGGUUUUCAGGUGGCUGUAAGGGGAAUAUUUUGCUAGGAGGAGACACUGGGGAAAGGGAAGAGGAGCCCCACCUGCACCAUGGUUUGAAAUACUCUCUGUACCGUGAGCCCCAUGAAGAGUCAUCUUGAUCCGGGGAUUUUAACAAGGCCCUUCCCCAUGCAGUCCUGACACAAUCUGCUCCGUCACUACUUUGCCUCCUCGUGGGUUGGGCUCGUUCCCAUCACCCCGUGCUGAACUCAUUCCCGAGGCUGCUCCAGGACCAGAGCUCAGGUCUCAGCCGCAGAGAGCCCCUGCAGAGCCCGGGGUCCCGCUCCGGCAUCACCCUUCCUACCUCACCUGUGCUUGGAUGGGGUGGGAGCGGGCAGGGCCCCUCGCACCGCAGCUCAGCUCCCGCCAGCAUCCCCACAGGACCCAGCCCUUCCUCUGAGAGCACAACACACGGAUGGGGUCUGCAUCCACUGCAGACACCGUGCAGGUCCUGAGCAGGGAAGAUGCUCCGGCUGCUGAUCCCACCGCAUUGCCCCGUUGCUGCGGGUGGGACUGAACACAGCUCGUUUCGCCCGCUCGGACUCAGAGAGACGUCCUGCCUCUGCCCCGUCUUUAUUUUAUUUAUUACCAGAGGCUGUAAGCAGCAGUGCUUCUCUACCCCCUCUUUCUUUUCCUUUCUUUUGUAUUUUGGAACGAUGUGUUGUAAUAAAUACCCAAAUAGGUGUUUUAA